AUUAGUUUGUCAUCGUAUAAAUUCAUCAAACAAAAAGAUGGAUUGGGUUUUCGUUUUUUGCUGCAGCGUCUGCUUCCACUGCCCACCAGUGACACGAAGACAAUGGAAGACUAAAGUCUUCGGCUUUGGACAAGUCAAAUGCAAAACUCCAAAUGGGAAGAAGACUGGUAGCAGUGCUAUAAAGAAGAGUGAUUUGCACUUCAAACUAGUGCAUUUAAGGCUCUCAACAGCCACAACCACCAAGCUUAAAGAGAUAAGCAAUUGAAAUGAGGAUUUGUGAAGGAAAGAAGUCAAUGUUCCAUGUCUUUGUUCAUCCCAUCUCGAAAUUUGCCAUCAUAAUCUGCCUGGCAUUGAUUUUUCCACCACCAACCUUGUCCCUGAAAUCUGCAGUCAAUGUUUGGCCCAAACCAAGGUUGGUUUCAUGGCCGAAACCACUUGCCAGAUUCCUUUCUGCAAACUUCACCAUGGAUUCUCCUUACCAUCAGCACCUGACGCCAGCCGUCAACCGCUACCUCAGCCUCGUCCGGACCGAGCACUACCAUCCCCUUAUCACCCCUUCUGUCAAAGUUUCGGCCUCGGCCGCUCCGUUGCAAACUCUUUCCAUCAAGAUAACCGAUCUCGCUGCACCCCUCCAACACGGAGCCAACGAGACCUACUCCCUCUCCAUUUCUGAAGCAGGUGGAACGGCCUAUUUGACAGCCGAAACGGCAUGGGGUGCAAUACGGGGUUUAGAGACGUUUUCGCAGUUGGUAUGGGGCGAUCCUCCAGCUAUACCCGUCAGGUUGUAUAUUUGGGAUGCUCCCUUGUUUGCACACAGGGGAGUCAUUUUGGAUACUUCAAGGAAUUAUUAUGGGGUGGAAGACAUACUAAGGACUAUUGAGGCAAUGAGUGCUAACAAACUUAAUGUAUUCCAUUGGCAUAUUACUGAUUCCCAUUCUUUUCCUCUAAUGGUUCCUUCGGAGCCGGAGCUCGCCGCCAAGGGAUCCUAUGGUCCGGACAUGAUAUAUUCUCCCUCGGAUGUUGCUAAGAUUGUUCAGUUUGGCUUGGAACAUGGGGUCAGGGUCCUACCAGAAAUUGAUUCACCAGGGCAUACAGGAUCAUGGGCAGAAGCCUAUCCGGAAAUAGUUGCCUGUGCAUACAUGUUCUGGUUGCCGGGAAGUGAUUGGGCUGACCGUCUUGCGGCCGAGCCAGGAACUGGUCAUCUAAAUCCCUUGAACCAGAAAACCUACAAAGUUAUCGAGAACGUAAUCCGCGAUGUGUCCAAUAUGUUCCCCGAAACUUUCUACCAUGGUGGUGCUGAUGAGAUAACUCCUGGAUGCUGGAAAGCCGAUCCUACCAUUCAAUCUUUCCUUUCAAAUGGUGGAACACUAAGCCAGGUCCUAGAAAAAUUUAUCAACUCAACGUUGCCUUACAUUAUAUCCCUCAAUCGUACCGUGGUCUAUUGGGAGGAUGUUCUAUUAGAUGAUAUUGUGAAAGUAGACUCCUCAUUUCUUCCAAAGGAGCACACCAUUUUACAAACAUGGAACAAUGGCCCAAGCAACACCAAAAAGAUAGUUGAAGCCGGAUACCGGACAAUUGUAUCGUCUUCGGAGUUCUAUUAUUUAGACUGUGGCCACGGAGGUUUUCUAGGGAAUGAUAGUCGGUAUGAUUCACAAGCAACAGGAGACAAAGAAGGUGCUUCUUGGUGUGAUCCAUUUAAAGCAUGGCAAACCAUUUAUAACUAUGACAUUACUCUUGGUUUGAGUGAAGAUGAAGCUAAAUUGGUACUCGGUGGAGAGGUGGCAUUGUGGUCAGAACAAGCUGAUCCUACGGUUUUGGAUGGUAGGUUAUGGCCGAGAACUUCGGCAAUGGCGGAGACAUUGUGGUCGGGGAACUGCGAUGAGGCCGGGAGAAAGAGGUCCGGCGAGGCAACCGAUAGGUUGAACGAGUGGAGGUAUAGGAUGGUAAGUAGAGGGGUGAAGGCUGAACCAAUUCAACCACUGUGGUGCAUUAGGAAUCCGGGGAUGUGUAACGCAGUCCAGUCAACUUGAUUUUCAUACAAGUGGAAAGAGAAAAUGAUUCUGUAGUUCACUGGAUUUUUACAUUUAGAACCCCUCUUUCAGUUUUCACCUUGUAUUUGAUGUUUCAAAUUGUCUAUGUUAUGGCUUAUGUUAUCCACAUCUUUUUCUCUUU